GCCCUCUGCAGGCAGCAAGCGGAACUGCACUCCCUCCGCUGUACCCAGAAUGCACCGCUCGCUCUAAGCACAACACAUCGCCAUUUUCCGUGAACGGGCGCUUCUCCGCGGAGUAACUGGGUCACAAGACAGACGGGAAAAUACUCGAAGCGAUCGUCACAGAAGCCGCCGAUCCGAGCUCGUGGAUCCGCCCGCCGCCAUCGCGUCCACCGAGAGCCAAUGAUCGUGUUCGGUUGGUCCGCUCGGAUGAAGCAUUGGAGCGCGGGCCCAGGCUGAGACGACACCGAUCACCAGUGAACCGACACCGGCAGCGACACCGCACAGAUGAAAAGAGGUCAGAAGGGAGGUGAUGAUGGGGAGGAGGACGGGUCAGUGUCGGGGCCGGAGUUCUGGAAGCGUCUGCGGCGGAGCGACUCUGAGGACGAGGACGAGGCGGUGGACUGGAGGCAGCUGCCCGAGGAGAUCCUGCUGCAGAUCUUCCAGUACCUGCCUCUGCUGGACCGAGCCUUCGCCUCGCAGGUGUGCCGCGGCUGGAACCAGACCUUCCACACACCUGAGCUCUGGAGGUGCUUCGAGUUCGAGCUCAACCAGCCCGCCAGCUCCUACCUGAAGGCCACGCACCCCGACCUCAUCAAGCAGAUCAUCCAACGCCACUCCAACCACCUGCAGUACGUCAGCUUCAAGGUGGACAGCAGCACUGAAUCUGCAGAAGCGGCGUGUGACAUCCUCUCUCAGCUGGUCAACUGCUCUCUGAAGACGCUCGGACUGAUCUCCACCGCACGACCCUCUUUCAUGGAGCUGCCCAAAUCUCACUUCAUCUCGGCGCUGACGGUGGUGUUCGUGAACUCAAAGUCUCUGUCGUCUCUGAAGAUCGACGACACACCAGUGGACGACCCGUCACUCAAAGUGCUGGUGGCCAACAACAGCGAGACGCUGAAGCUGCUGAAGAUGAGCAGCUGCCCACACGUGUCUCCUGCAGGGAUCCUGUGUGUGGCGGAUCAGUGUCACGGUCUGCGCGAGCUAGCGCUCAACUAUCACCUGCUGAGCGACGAGCUGCUGCUAGCGCUGUCGUCCGAGCGUCACGUUCACCUGGAGCACCUGCGCAUCGACGUGGUGAGCGAGAACCCGGGCCAGCAGUUCCACUCCAUCAAGAAGAGCAGCUGGGACGCCAUGGUGCGCCACUCGCCCAAGUUCAACCUGGUCAUGUACUUCUUCCUGUACGAGGACGAGUUCGGGCCCUUCUUCCGUGACGAGGUGCCCGUCACACACCUGUACUUCGGCCGCUCCGUCAGUAAGGAUGUUCUGGGCCGCGUGGGACUGACCUGUCCUCGGCUGGUGGAGCUGGUGGUGUGUGCGAACGGCCUGAGACCGCUGGACGAGGAGCUGAUCCGGAUCGCAGAGCGCUGCAGACAGCUGUCGGCCAUCGGCUUGGGCGAGUGUGAGGUGUCCUGCAGCGCCUUCGUGGAGUUCGUCAAGAUGUGCGGCGUCCGGCUCACGCAGCUCUCCAUCAUGGAGGAGGUCCUGGUGCCAGACAGCACGUACGGGCCAGACGACAUCCACUGGGAGGUGUCCAAACACCUGGGCCGCGUCUGGUUCCCCGACAUGAUGCCCACCUGGUAGAGACACAGAAGACAUGGAGCGUUUACAGAUGCACUUCACACACUCGCUGUGUUUCUACUGGACAGAAGCAUCACAACACUCAGUUCUGUUUCCUCCUGAUGAUCAGAUCACACUCCUCUGCAUUAGUAGUGUUAACUGAAUGAUCCUGCUCACACACUGCAGCAGAAGAUAGAAAUAACCGACCUGCUGAUAAUACUAGUGUUCUGCUGGUGUCCAGCGCUGUGUGUAGAUGUGUGUGUGGUUUUCACUCUCAGCAGCUUGUUGGUUCUUGAUCUCGAGUCAAAUCUGAUCAAGUUUUAUUUAUUUUAUGUUUGCUUUAGUUCAUUCCAGAUAGAAAUGACUUCAGAAGCACUAGGGCUGCACGAUAACUGACCUUUCUGCUCAAAAAUAUAAUCACAAUUAUUCUUAUUUUCUCUCAACGUUUUUUAAUUUAAUCAGAAUUGAAUCAGAAGUAAACACUAAUCAACAGUAAUCUAGGAGGUGUGUGUGCAUUGGGAAUCAACUAAAGCCAUUUAUUUUAUGAAAUCAUGAGUUUAAAGAUUGUGAAGCUGAACUCUUCUCCCAGCAUUCAGUUCUCCGUUGGGUUCGUCACGCAGAGAACACGUGAUCACACACACACACACACACACACACACACAGGCGGUUGGGAAAUGAGUUUGUACAGCGUGUUUUUGGGCAUUAUUAGUUUGAUUGGUUUUCAUCAAACUGAAGUCCGUCAUCAUCUUCAUCACGCUGGCGUUCAGACGAGAUUUGCGUUCGGUUAACGUUGUUUAUUUCUGUUGGGAUGCAGUGAGCGCUUCGUUAUCAAGCAAUAUAUUACACACAUGGACACAGAUCCCAUUCAGAUCAUUUCCCUGCACUUUAUAUAGAAAUGUAUUUUAGAAAUGUAUAUAUGAGAUUAUCAGUUGUGUCAAUAUUUCUCCUGAUGAUUAAUAUUAUUAUAUUAUUUUCAUUGCAGUAAACGAAUAGUGAUCAUGUUCUUACAAGCGUUUAAUCGCUUGGCUUCGGUUUAAUGAUAGUUUUAUGUAUUUGACUGCAUUGAACUAUAUCCAUAAAGACAAAAACCAAUGUGGUGUAAAUGUUUUUGUUGUUUUGGAAUAAACUUUUGUGAAUGUAAGAA